AUGCAGACCAAACAUUUCGUAAACGAUCCAACCAAGCUGGUCGCAGCCGCCCUGCGAUCGCACUGCAUCACCAGGCCGGAAUUGACACUCGAUACCGAGAAUAAGAUCUUGUACGCCCCAGGCUCCUCUAAUGUGUCAAUCGUAUCAGGAGGUGGCUCCGGCCACGAGCCCUCGUUCACAGGCUUUGUCGGUGAAGGCUUUCUGUCGGCCAGUGUGGCCGGGACUGUCUUCGCAUCGCCAUCAGCGCGACAGGUCUUGACUGCCAUCGAGAACGUCGACGGAUCUAAAGGUGUCUUGGUCACCGUGAUGAACUAUACGGGCGACGUAUUGAAUUUCGGCGUCGCCCUCGAGAAGGCGAAAGCGCGCAACCCCGGAUUGCAGAUUGAGAUGCUGGUCGUUGGCGACGACGUCGGCGUGCCGCGCAGUCGAGCCGGGAAGGUGGGUAGGCGAGGAAUCGCCGGAACCGUGUUGGUCCAUAAGGUCACCGGAGCCAUGGCUGCCGCCGGAUUCGAGCUCAAGGACGUCGUUCGCGUCGGCCGCCUCGUUGCUCAGAACAUGGCCAGUAUCGGCGUCAGUCUCAGCCAUGUCCACGUGCCCGGUCGGCCUCGAGCCGAUGCCUCGGAAGGCUCUCUGGGUCCUGACGAGGUUGAGCUUGGCAUGGGCAUCCACAAUGAAGCCGGCUGUGGGCGGAGAAGCGGCGCCGACGCCGAACUCCCCUCUCUUGUGGCCGAGAUGCUCCGCCAAAUACUCGACACAAGCGACAAGGACCGAAACUUCCUUCCCACGCGGACGGCCGAGAUGGCGGUUUUGAUCAACAAUCUUGGCGCACUCAGUGUCCUGGAGUUGGGCGCUGUUGUGACCGAGGUCGUGGACCAAUUGCAGGGCCAUUACCAGAUCAAGCCUGUGCGAGUAUUUGCUGGCACAUUCAUGACUAGUUUGGACGGACCCGGUUUCUCGAUCACACUUCUCAACACAGUGGACACGGGCGUCGGGAAGAGUCUGCUCGAGCUGCUCGAUGCCCCGAGCAAUGUGAGCGGCUGGCAAGUGCCGGCAAGGCAAAUCGGGGCACCCUCCGGAAAACAUGCUGGAAAAGGUGGCGCCACUGCUUCCAAGACCGAAACAAAGGAUACGGAACAGGAGUGCCUCCUCCAAUGCGACAUCGGGUCUGCAAGAAGCCGGCUGGAGAAUGGCUUGAAGGCCGUCAUCGCCGCGGAACCGGAGGUCACAAAGUACGACGAGAUCGUGGGCGAUGGAGACUGUGGAACGACGCUCAAACGUGGUGCGGAAGCCAUCCUAAAGAGGCUAUCAAGCUCCCCGCCAAAAGAUAUCAUCGCUUUGCUCUCCGAAGUGGCCACCGCAGUCGAGGAUUCCAUGGAUGGCACCUCUGGUGCCCUAUACGCCAUCUUCCUGAACAGCCUGACGCAUUUCUUCAAACUGCACGCCGGUGAAAAGAGAGCUGUCGACACCAAGUUCUGGAGCGAGGCGCUCAAAUCCACACUGGCUGCCUUGGCCAAAUAUACGCCCGCCCGAAUCGGCGACCGGACUUUGAUGGACGCCCUGCAGCCUUAUGAAGACACCUUACAGUCAACAGGCGAUCCGAGGAAAGCUGCGGAAGCUGCAAAGGAUGGUGCUGCAAAGACGGCUUCUAUGCAUCCGGGGCUAGGAAGGACCGUGUACAUUGGUAAUGAGGCAUCGUGGUUUGGCAAGGUCCCGGAUCCUGGUGCUUUUGGCCUGAGCAAGUUCUUUGAGGGCCUGGUUCAGGAGUAA